GGCGCGGCUCGCCGCUUCCGCAAACAGAACCGUGUGUGGCUGGAUGGUGUUCAUAAAGUUUUAUCAUCUAUUUAAGUAAUCAAAAAUGGAAAAUUCUGUAAAAGCAGAGGAAUGUGAAAAGAUCUCUCUUGAAGAAGAGAAAGCAUCAAUAAAUUCGGGAACAGAGUCUUCAUUCAGCCAUAAUGAAAGCACUACUGCUCCUGAGACUGAGCUUUUUGAAAAGGCUCCUAUGCAAGUACACACUCCCCCAAAAAGAAAAAUGGAGUUUGCAGAUGAUCUUGUAAAAGAGAGUUCCAGCUGUGGAGAAGACACUCCAUCCAAGAAAAGAAAACAUGAUGCUGAAAUUGUACCAGAGGAAAAAGGUUCUGGUGAUGAUGAAGGCAUUUCAAGGAAAAAAAGGCUGGAAACUGAUGAUUUUCCAAAAGAUGAACCUUCUCCUGUAGACGGCACUCCGAAAAAGAGAAAAAGAGAACUUGAGGAUGUUUCUGAAAAGCAGAAACACUUAAAAGUAGGACACAGCUCAACAGUGGCUGCCCACUACAAUGAACUUCAGGAAGUUGGCUUGGAAAAGCGUAGCCAAAGUCGAAUUUUUUACCUAAGAAACUUUAAUAAUUGGAUGAAAAGCGUCCUCAUUGGGGAAUUUUUAGAAAAGUUGCGACAGAAAAAAACACGUGACAUUACUGUUUUGGACCUGGGAUGUGGUAAAGGUGGAGAUUUGCUCAAGUGGAAAAAGGGAAGAAUUAAUAAGCUAGUUUGUACCGAUAUUGCUGAUGUUUCUGUCAAACAGUGUCAGCAGCGGUAUGAGGACAUGAAAAAUCGUCGGGAUAAUGAGUAUAUUUUCAAUGCAGAAUUUAUAACCGCUGAUUGUUCUAAGGAACUUUUGAUUGACAAAUUUCGUGACCCAGAAAUGCAUUUUGACAUCUGCAGUUGUCAGUUUGUCUGUCAUUACUCAUUUGAGUCCUAUGAUCAGGCUGACAUGAUGCUUAGAAAUGCUUGUGAGAGACUUAGCCCUGGAGGCUAUUUUAUUGGUACCACUCCCAAUAGCUUUGAAUUGAUAAGACGCCUUGAAGCUUCAGAAACAGAAUCAUUUGGAAAUGAAAUAUAUACUGUGAAAUUUCAGAAGAAAGGAGAUUAUCCUUUAUUUGGCUGCAAGUAUGACUUCAACUUGGAAGGUGUUGUGGAUGUCCCUGAAUUCUUGGUCUAUUUUCCAUUACUAAAUGAAAUGGUGAAGAAAUACAAUAUGAAACUCAUCUACAAAAAAACAUUUCUGGAAUUCUAUGAAGAAAAGAUUAAGAACAGUGAAAAUAAAAUGCUGUUAAAACGAAUGCAGGCCCUGGAGGCAUAUCCUGCAAAUGAGAAUUCCAAACUUGCUUCUGAAAAGGCAGAUGACUACGAACAUGCAGCACAGUACAUAAAGAAUAGUCAAGUAAGGUUACCUUUGGGAACCUUAAGUAAAUCAGAAUGGGAAGCUACAAGUAUUUACUUGGUUUUUGCGUUUGAGAAGCAGCAGUGAGCACCAGAACAGCUGUAUUUCAUCUUACACAGAUUUGAAUGAUCCACCUUAGAUAAAUUUGUCAACUUUCUGUUUAUUUUAAUUAUUCUAAAUGUACAGGAUGGUGCUGGAAACUCCAGUGUAUACAUUCAAUAUUUGCUGUCUGUGACAGAUGAACUUUUGUGUGUGUAUAUAAGAAUAAGUUGGGACCUUUGUCUUUAAAAUCUAUUUUUAAUGUUCUAAGAAUUCCAUUUGCCUCUACUCUCUUAGCUCAUAAAAAUUACAAUAUGACUUGUUAAAAUUACAAUAUGAACUCUUUCCACAGUGCUUUGAUUUGUUCGGUCUGUUUAUAGUAUUAAAUUUAUUGCAGUUGUAGAACUGAUGAGGGAGUAUAAUAGUUUGCAAGUGUGUUCUCAUUUCUAUAGUUUUACAUAGUGUUUUUCAAGAUUAAAUGAAUUGCAUAUCUAUACAAUUGAAUGUAAGAAAUGUUCAAUAGGUAUCGCUAAAGUUAUAAACUAAAUUUUAAAUGGUCAUAAUAGUUAUUAACCUAGAAUUUUAGCCAGUUACUACCUUUCAUUACAAAUAGUAACUAUUUUAUUUGCUCAUAUGAUACAUUUCUGGAACUGGAUAGAACAUUUUGGAUGCCAGCACAAAACUGCUUUAGAUCUUGAGGGUUUUCUCUGAUGAAAUUCCUGCCAAUUAAUGUUUCUAGGUAUCAAGAAUAUAAUUAGAUUUACCUUUCUUCAUUGAACCAAAAUGCCAUCGAUGUUUUCUCUCAAGAUAUAAUGAAAGCACGCCCAUGUAAACCAAUUGCAUAUUAUCCUCAGAUUUAAAUAUGGAACUGCAAUUGUAGGAUGUGACUGUAAAAAAAAGCUGACCAACUUCAUGUUGAUCUAGGUUAUAGCGCUAUAUGCUAUAAAUCCAUUACUCCUUUCGGCCCAGAAAGAAGCAGCAGUAUCUACUCCUCAAUUACAAUGUUGUCUUUUGCAUAGUAGGAUCCAGCAUCUCAUCACCAUUCAGAGUUUGCAUUUGCUAUUUCAGAACCAUUACAAUCAUGAGCUCUGGCUUCUUGCUUGACUACUCUUCCAAAAUUGACAGCUAGGUGAACUGUUGUCCUAAAUCGUGUCACAUCACAAUUGAGAAAACUUGCCAAUUUUUAGAUGUAGUAAAAACUUGAAAAGAACAAAGCAGAGCAAUUACUGCAUAUCCCUUUCAUAAAUAAUUUCUUUAAAGCCUGUUUAAAAGACAUUAUUUCUCUAAUAAUCCUGAGUACUUGUUUAAAAAGUGUAGUUCUCAGUUUGUUUAUAUAUGCUAUUGUUUAUGGUAUUGGAGUAGCAAAUCUUUUAGCAAGAAACAUGAAUUAUCUAAUUUCUGUUUCUUCUGCAAUCUGUCAAUCGCCAAACUGUUACCAGUUUACAAAAAGUCAGUCUUUUUGCCUUGGUGGUGAUUGCCAUGAGUCAUUGGGGAAAUAAUAGUACUUCUGAUUAUGGUGGCUGCUGUUAGCUAGCUAAGGUUUUUGUAAUGGUGCUGAAGAGAGGGAGAUGGUGAGCUCCUAAUACUACAUAUCCACGUUUACUUUAGUUCUAGAGGAAGUACCAGAGAGUAUUAUGAAAGUUCAAUAGAACUGAAAAGCUUUAUUAUUUCCUGUCGUCAUUCAUUUAAUGGUCGUAGUUAAGUCUAAGCAAAUAAUAAGCCGUUUUUAGCCUCCUUCUGCUCUUUCCACUCCAUGGAUAAUUUGGAGAAAAGAAGAAUUGCCUAAAGGAUGGAGUAAUUGUUGGUAAUAGAAAGCAGAGAGAAAAGGAAGGUCCAGGGCUGUGGGUAGGAAGGAACAGAAGAGAUCUGGAAUGGAUGGAGCAGGGCUCUGGGGUCUGAGUGAGCUGCUGAGUGUGCAGGAGAGACGCAGUCACACCUGAGGAUGUGGAGUUGCCCUUUCCUAUGAGCUUUGUUGGCCUCAUUACCUUCUCUGCGCUUCCCUCCACUCCCCGAUGUCCCCUUGCUGCAAUUAAGUGUCUGGGUGGUGUCCUGUAUUAGGAAAAGGUGGCCCCUGUCCACAAUCACCAAGGCAAAAGCUGGUAGGACCCCCACCCCAAAUACACCUGCAGUCUAAAUAUUUGGUGAUUUUCCAUUAAAGACUUGUAACCAUUAGGAAAUUGAGGGAUAUGUCUUUUCAUUGUCAGAUCAGUGAUGUAAGUGGUUCAUGGGAAUGACUGAAGGGCACUCUCAGACCUGCCAUUCAGUUUGUCCUCUGAAGAUGAAAGUAGAAAUGAGGGUCAAUCGGCCAUUUGUGGAAAGAACACAACCUGAGAUGGGAAGGACUGCUCUAGGAACAUGGCUGGAGUAGGGUAUAACCAAGAAUGCGCAAAUUGAAUUAGUUGGGCCUAGAACAGAAUGUGCUUAAGGAAAGGCACUACUGGCCCUAUAUAGUGUUCAGGGAGAGAGAUGGCAAUCCCAGCUGCAUUCCAAGGGGCGGUGUCUAACCUACAGACAGCACGAAGCCUGGGGUAGUAACUGCUCCUUCUGUGUAUACCAAGCGUCUGGUUCUAGUGUGACUCCAAAAGAAACAUGCCUGCAGAGAGAGAAGGCAUUGAUUUGGAGACUGACCUCUGUUAACGAAUUCUUGUAAUUAGCAGAACAGUUUCCUGGCUUAUCCCCUCCCUAAACUUGGAAAUUGAGGAAAUGGGAUUGUGGUCUACAUUUGUGUUAAUAGCAUUGAUAGGGCAUCAGAAAAGAGGUUUACACUGGGAGACAGGCUUUGAGGCGAGGUGCAAUGUUGAUCAUCAUUGGAGAGGCAGAAAAAGCGUCAGCUAUCAGAUGUUCAGAUCUCCAAUCCCAUUAGCUCUUUUGGGAAUUUAUUCUUCAGCUUCAUAAGCGAAUUGCCAUUCUGUUAUUUUGAUACAUCUUCAAGUAUUUUUCUAAUGAAGAUUGGGCUUGCGUAGGUGUGAGAAAAUGCCAGUGUGAAUAUCCUCGUGGAUAUUCAGUACGUUAUUUUUCACUAGUGAUAAAAUGACUUUGUUAUCUACCUCAGGCUUUGACGUAUCAUGAAUAGUCACUGCUACCUUCUCUGGGUUUUUAAAAACACCCAGAUCCAGGGACCAGGGCUGUAUAAAUAAAGUAAGAAAAUGCUCGUGGCGUUUACUGGCCCUUUGGUCAGUAGGAAGCAUGGGUGUAUGAUGUCCUUACCUCCCUAGUUGCUAUUAUAUAAAAUACAACACACCUCAUAAGAAUUGUCUUCAUUUUCCACCCUCGGACAGCAACAUUCCUGAUUCUUUGACGAUAACAGACGCAGUGGGUGCUACACCUAUUUAUUUAAUGAUAGACGUAUUUACAGAUAUAUAUGCGGCUGGAGACAGCCACCUCCUCCAUCAUGUGUCCUCAGUUCCUCCUCUGCUCCCAUUUAUUUAGCCUGCUCCUCACUGCAAUUACAAGCAAGUGUGGGACACCCAGGUUUGCCUGGGGAGACUUAUGGUCAGUCCCGAAGCCCUCUGCUCCUUGAGCUCCCGGGCCCUGCUUCCUUGGGGAUAGCAAACCUUGGAUAAAGUCAGCUAACAUUAGAACCUAUCUUAUGUCAGUUACUUUUCUAACUUGUAUGGAACUCAUUUAAUCCUUAUAACGACUGUAUGAGGUAAGGAUAGGGCUAAGUUUAUUUUUAUGAGGAAACAGGCACAGAGGGGAUACAAACUCACCCAAAGCAGAGCCAAGAUUUGAACAUCCCACAAAACCCAAUCAGGCCUGCAUUUCCAUUGCAUGUUCUAUUCCUCCAGGGGUGUUAAAAAGGCUCAAAUGACUCCUUGCCCAUCCAUCCUGCAACUCGAAGAGUUAACUAUUGGGACACUCCAUCCCUUUUGUUCAAAACAUAGAUACUUAUUUAAGUGUUCCCUGAGAGGAACAUUUACUACCGAGUAAGGCUUUGGGGCAGAGAGCGGGGACAUUUAGGCACUAGGGGACGAGGGGAGAAAGUGAAGGAUCAACAGGCAGGAAGGCAGACUUCAUUUCACGUUUGGUAGGCCUACUCCUUCAGCAGUCGGACCCACUGCAGAUCUAGUUUAGUCCGCCUGCAUGUCAGUGAGGGGGUGCUUCUCUUCCCACCCUCACCAGUGGGAACUGGCAGGAGUUGGGAGUGUAGCCAAGGGGCGAGGCCAAGAGAAGGAAUCAUUUCUUCAUUCAGCUGGUUGUGCAGGCUGAGGCAGAUCAUUUUGUUCUAACUUCUUAUUGAAGUGUAACUGAUUUUUCACAAAUGAAACAUGAAUACUAUCUGCAGCCAGAUCAACAAACAAUAUUACCUGUACCUUGGAAGCCCCUCCUGCUCCUCUCCAGUUACUACCUCCCCAAGGGAACCACUAUCUUCAUUUCUAAGAGCAUAGAUUAGUUUUGUCUGGUUUGGGAAAUUGCUCAAAUUGAAUCAAACAGUAUGUAUUUUGUAUUUGGCUUAUUAACAUUGUGAGAUUUUUAUUGCAUGUAUUUGUUCAUGGUUCAUUCUCAUGGCUAUAUAGUACUCCACUGCAUGAAUAAACCACAUUACUUAUCUGA